UGUAGCUGGUUCACGAAUAUUUGCCAGCACGACAGGGAAGAGGCUGGGAGAGAUAGUUGGCACAAGAGUAGGAAAAGUGAGGGAGAGAGUUCAGAGUGUGUGUCGUGUCUCCUGGGGAGAAGCAUACAGUCAAUAUCCAGGUCUCCAGUAAACAUUUAUGACCCUCCUCUAUAAAGCUGCAGUGCUACUGCAUGGACCCACGGAGCAAAGGCAAAAACAUUGUCUUCAAUUCUAAUUUAAUUAUCUAGUCUAGUCAAGGACACACAAUAGAUCUCCAGCAUAUUACAGUAGCUAGUUGCACUGACAGCAGUUUGCAAGGACUUUAAGUCUUUCUUUAGAUGCUGAGAAGAGUCAAGACAAAGUGACCAGAGAUCAACCAACUGAACAGAAAAUGACAGCUGCAGCAGCUCAGGAACUAGAUGAGCUAUGUUUCCUGUCGGCACAGUCCAUGCCCAGUCUGAAAGUAUCCAAACACUUCCAGGUGGUCAAGCUCCUGGGAGAGGGAUCCUAUGGAAAGGUCAUGUUGGCUGUGCACAGAAAGAGAGGAACUCCUAUGGCUCUGAAGUUCUUCCCUCGUCUGUCUACCUCCCUCACCUCUUUCCUGCGUGAAUACAAUCUCUCCCUUUCUUACUGCACCCAUCCUUCUCUCACUCGGGCUCUUGGCAUCUUCUUUUCCACACCCACCUACUAUGUGUUUGCCCAGCAAGCAGGACUGUACGGUGACCUCUACAGUGUAAUAGUGUCAGAGGUUGGAGUUGAUGAGGAGUGUGUCCAGAGGGUGAUGUCCCAGCUGAGUGGUGCCGUUACACACCUCCACUCCCUGGGCUUCGUCCACCGUGACAUCAAACCUGAGAAUAUCUUCCUGUGUGACAGUUCCUGCCGCUGGGUUAAACUGGGUGACUUUGGCCUGGCCCGGGCCAUUGGCUCCACUGUUCGAGCUGUCUGGUAUGAGUCGCCCUUCUGUACUCCUGAAGUGGAGCCAGCUAAGGAGAUGGAGAGAAGGCUGUACGAUGGGACUGAAGAGGAGCUGGAGGACAUUUGGAUAACAGUGGAGCCCUGUAUUGACAGCUGGGCCCUUGGUGUACUUGUCUACUGCCUAUUAACUGGAUGCUUCCCCUGGGAAGAGAGCACCCAUGAUGAUCGUGGCUACCGCAGAUACAAGGAGUGGUUUAACCGUGAGGCGGAAAAGGAGAAGAAGAUCAGAGAUGCUGAGUGGAGGGGUGAGGAGGACAGUGACAGUUACAUAAUCACAGAGGAAAACCAAAGAGACAACACUCUGCCUUCACAGUUUGAGGGCCUCAGCCCACUUGUGAUGACUCUUUUCAAGGAGCUGCUCCACCCUGAGCCCAAACAGCGAGGAAGCCCGGAGGAGAUCCUGAGCUACCUGGGAGGGCCGUGGCUGAUGGAGACAGAGAGAGAGGAGAAGAGAAAAGCAGAGGAGGCAGAGAAGGAGGCCAGAAAAAUAAGAGAGGGAGGAGGAGUGGAGGAAGAGCUGGUGAGGGAGGGAAAAGGGGAGCGAUAAGCUUUGUCUUUGUAAAAUUGUUUCUAGACAGGAUUUUAAUGAAUUUAACAUUUUUGACAAUGGGAAAAAUAUUGUUGCAAUGUAUUUUUGUGUGUAAAUAUAGACUUUACUCCAGUGCAAAUGUAUACAUUAUAAGGUACUGUAUUUUUCCAUAUUUUUAUAAAUAUCUUUACUAAAGUUACCACUUCCAUUGUUGCAUAUAUUCCAGUGUGCGUGUGUGUGUUUGGGUGCCUUAAUGAGAAGAAUGUAUAGAUAAUAUGAGGAAACCUGUACUGGAUUUGUUGCCUAAAUAAAGUAAACUCCUUGUGUUUA